CCAAAUUGUCAAGUGCCCAGCCACAUUCAUCUUCUCGUACGUUUCUCUCUAUACUGACAGGCGCUCUCAAAUAUCCCAGCAGUGGCUGUACCCGUUCGGCCCCUCACCGAGAAGAUCGUGUGCCACUCUCCUUUAUAGCACAUUUGCACACAUACUUAUGAACGCUAUGGACGAUGACGGAAGCAGGGAGCCGCCGAGGAAGCGUCUACGUUCAGCACAGCCAACUCGUCGCGGGAGGUCUCGUGGUGCGCGUGGUGGUUCCGUGAACCCAAACACUGUCAGAAAAGAGUUGGGUGAACUCGAUCGUCAACCAACAGAGCAACAAGCACAGGAAUCUGAAAGCUCAAUUGACCCACGAGCGCUUCCUAUCCCCGCUGCUCUGGAGAGAUACAAAGCUUGGAAAGAAGCCGGAGCGCAGCACGAUGAGUUUUGCUUCAUUUGCCGGCAGACCAAGGGUCUCACCUACUGCAUCACUUGCAAGAGGUCGUAUCACGAUUCCUGCAGGCCCGAGGAGAGCACUCACUCUGUCAUUGAGGGCAAUAGUUGCUUCUUUUGCGAAGUGUGCGUGCACCGCAACUGGCACAAAGAUCCCCCGUUUUUGAUGCCGGAGAUGCGACCUUCGGCUGCUUCUUUAUCAUCGGCCGCUGUGGAGGUAGCUGAGGCAACGGGAGCUACACCUUCCACUAAGGACACGGGUCGGCAAGAUCUAUCAAAUUCGCCCCAAGUUCACCAGAAUCAAGAGACAAAUAGGAUAACUGAGGCGUCGAAAGACACGCCCAGUACGGCCGCCAGGAGGACUCGUACCGCCAAAGCAUCCCAUUCCGCUGCUAGAGAGGAAAUAGCCGCAGCCCCUUCAUCAAGCACCACUCACACCGAAAACACCCCCCUACCUCCACCGGCAACAACAACAGCAGCAGCAGCAACCUCACGGGGUGAACCGCCCCGUAGCAGUUCAUCCACACAACGGGCGCCAGCCGCGCGCAAAUCUCGCUACACGACCCUCCCAACAGACGUCGACGCCGCGCUGCGGCUCCUAUACGCCGAGCUCGAGACGGCCCACGAGCUCCGGCACAAGGUCGGCGACGUCGAGGGCCAGGUCGCGCAGAUGCAGAGGGAGCUGCACCUGCGCAACAGCGAGCUCGCGCUGGCCAGGCGGGCGGCGGACGUAGGCCGUGUCUCGGCGUCGGAGAUGGAGCAGCUGAGGGCGCAGGCUGCGCUGGGGCAGAAGGCUGUUGAAGAGGCGGAUGGGUUGAGGGCGGAGAAUAGGACAUUGCGCGCCGAAUUAGCGGUGAGUCGGGAAAGGCUGGUUGAUAGUGAGCGGGCGCUGGAGGAGUGGAAGCGGAAGCUUUCGGCGUUGAUGUCGUAGCUGGAUGCGUGGGGGUUCAUGGCAUGCUUUCAUGUGGUUGGCAUGCCUCAUCGAAAUUUGUAAUCAAAGCCUGUGUACAGAUAUUCAGGUGGGGGGUUUUGAGACCAAGAAGAGGUGAGGGUAUGGAUGUGAGAGUGCCUCAUAACUCGUAAUUAUGCAGAGCAUUCACGCCAUGCCAGUCUGCUCCUGAUCCCCGGUCGUGUAUUGAAG